GUUAACGCGUUCCCAUUCACUUUAAUAGAAGUGGUCAGUCUCUGCUAAAUAUUAUCUGGAUUUAGGGCAGUCAUGCGUUUCAGGUUGAAAAAUCGAGCUCAGAAAUUCUGAUCGCGCUCAAGCGGACAUGGCGGACAACAAGGAUCCGUUCAGGCAGCUGAAAGAUCUGUCUCUGCUUAAAGAUCAGCUUGAAGACAUUCAGCAUCGGAUGGAGAAUGAAGUUCAGGCUGGAAGUGUUUUCAGCUCUCCAUUCCUCAAGGGCUUUUUGGCUGGGUAUGUGGUGGCAAAGCUGCGCUCCUCUGCCGUCCUGGGAGUUCUUGUAGGGACCUGCACAGGCAUCUAUGCCGCUCAGAACUAUCAAGUGCCAAAUAUUGAGCAGACCAUGAAAAACUACUUCAGCUCAUUUAAGAAGGGGAGAUAGAGGGAGCCAUAUUACAAUCUCAGAGAAAUGGUGCCUGAUCCAACUUGAACACAUUUCUUUUGUAAUCAGAGUGCUAUUUAAAUGUUAUUUAAUGGCCUUCUAAUAAUUUCUAAUGCCACUGUCCAUCAGACUGCAGGUAGAUAGAAUUGGCAGCUUACAUUUCAAAGUUGCAAUGAGGUUGUCAUCUUAGCACCUUUUAGUUUGUUUUCUAUUUGAAACUUAAGUGCACAAACAACAGCUUAUUUUUCUCAGGAAUAGUUACCCAAAGCCUGGAUGUGGGCACAAAUGGCCAAUAUUUUGUCUAUCUUUAUAUGAUCAGUCCUACAUAUUAUGUUUCCAAUGUUUAUGCAUUUACUUUCUGUCUGUUACUUUUUUUUUUUUUUUUUUUUUAUAUAUAAUUUCUUUAACAGAGGUUUGAACUGAAAACCUCUGUGUGGACAAUUAAGCACAACACACACUCUGUAUAUAAUGUCUGGUGUUGAAGAAUUCCAUUAUCUGUUGUCGAUUGUAAGAGUAGCUGAAGCCUCUUAUAUAGCCUAUUUGUUGGGAGUAUUUGAUUAGAUUUUGCACUUUAGCUCUACCAGUUUCGAUUAAAUAAACAUAAAUGGAAGCCACUCUAAGGAAGUGAAAUAGAAAACUGGAACAAUGAAUCCAAUUAGAGGAUGUAAAACCACCAUGCUGUUUUUUUUUUUUUUUUUUUGGAGUAUUGUAUUGAGUGGUGUGGUAUGGUAUAAUGUGUUAUCUGUCCUGUCAAAAUGAGAAUAGAUUACUCUUAUUGUUACUCUAUAUUUUGUAAUGAUUUAAGAUGUUUCUUAAAUCUAUUAUUUUACCCCUACUAUCUUUUAUUAUCAUAAGAUGUGAUACUACUGUUUUAUAUUUUAAUAUUUUAUAGAAUAAAAACAAUACAAUCCAGAAUAAUGUACAACAUGAAUUUAUCAUUUUAAUUUAUUUCCAAAAGCUUACCAGAUCUCACUCAAAAACAAUUUUAAGAUUUAAACAUUUCAAUUUCAUAAGAGAAUUGAGCAAUCUUUAAUAAAAUAAGCUAAAUAUGUUUAUAAAUGUACUUUUAUUAAACAAUUACAUUUGAUUUUGUUAUGAAAUUGAAGUGUGUAAAUCCUAAAAUAGGUAUAUUAUAUAUAUAUACACUAUUAAUAGAUAACUUCAGCCUGAAGAUAUGCAAUUUCAGGCCAUAAUAAUCAUUAAUUUCAUAUUUCCUUUGUGAAGGAUACAAUCCUUGUGUAUGCAUCCCAAAUACAUUGGCAGGGCUCCAUAUGUAUGUUUUUAGUCUUAAUUACUUAAUUUAAAUACUACCUAAUUAUCUUUGCAAAAAAAAUAAAAAUAAUAAUUUGCAAAUUUAUAUCAAGCUUAGCAUUUGUCAUACAACUUGGAAGUUCAAAAAAUUGACAAGACAAAUUGUUAGUAAAUUUUAUUUUCCAUCUAUUUAAAUUUUCUAUUCUCAUUCAGUUUAAGUUAUUCAAUAAUAUUUGUCCCUCUUCAUCCAUUUACUUAUAAAUUCACAUAAAAGGUAAAUGUGUUAAAAGAUUAGAAAAAAAAAAAGGGAA